AUGCUUGCAAAUCUAUUAUUCCUCCUUCCUGUUUUCUUCCUAUUUCUCCAUCUCCUCCUCCGAGUGGGUCGAGCGCUCUUUUCUCCUCUAAAAGACAUCCCAGGUCCUUUCUGGACUCGGUUCACCUCAUUAUGGUAUUUCAGCCGGGUUCGCGGUGGCCAGUUCGAACAUGAAAAUAUCAAAUUGCAUCAGCAGUAUGGACCCAUCGUUCGUAUCGCACCCAAUCAGUAUAGCAUCAGCGAUAUAUCAGCCAUCAAGACCGUCUAUGGAACGGGCUCGCAAUUUGCCAAGUCUGCCUGGUAUGAUGGCUGGAAACAUCCACAGCAGUGGACCAUAUUUGCGGAUCGUGAUAUAAAGCGGCAUGCCGACACUCGUAAGCGAUUUACCAGCUUGUAUUCUAUGAGCUCGCUGGUUCACUACGAACCUUUCGUCGAUCGUUGCGCUGAUAUCUUUGUCAAUCGCCUCGGUGAUUUCGCUGACAGUAAGAAGAUUUUCAAUCUUGGACAUUGGUUCCAAUGUUACGCUUUCGAUGUAAUCGGAAAUAUCACAUUCGGUGAGCGCUUCGGAUUCCUGGACCGAGGAGAUGACAUAGACGGAGCUAUAGAAGCUGUCCACAAGGUAAUGGUGUACAGCACCUUGGUGGGCGUCUAUCCCGAAUGGCACCCACGCCUCUUUGGCCUACUAAGCAAGUUUAAAUGGUCCGGUGCUGGCGGAAGGGCCUACAUUAGCCAAUUUGUUCGAGAGAAGAUUCGAAACCACCAGAAACCCGAUGCUGAAGCACCGGAGAGUCUUCGAACACAAGAUUUCCUUGAAAAAUUGAUACUAGCGCACGAGAAGAACCCCGAGAAAGUCACCGAGUACCAUCUCUUUAUCAUGGGCCAGUCGAACGUGACGGCUGGAUCUGACACGACUGCUAUCAGCCUAUCGAGCAUCAUGUGGCAUCUGCUGCAGAACCCUGAUACUUUGAGCAAACUGGUUGCCGAGGUUGAUGAUUUCACGGCAAAGGGUAAUGGAAAUAUCACUUUCAAGGAGAGCCAGGACAUGCCUUAUUUCCAAGCUGUUAUGAAGGAAGCGCUGCGAAUGCACAGUGCUACCGGCUUACCAAUGUGGAGAGUAGUUCCAGCUGGAGGUGCUCAGAUUGGUGAUAGAUUCUUUCACGAGGGCACCAUUGUUGGUGCAAAUACCUGGGUUGCACACUAUGACGAGCGAGUGUUCCCCAACCCAAGGACAUUCCAGCCAGAGAGGUGGCUGGAAGCGGAAAGUGAGCCUGACAAGUUGAAAGAAAUGAACCAAAUGUAUAUGCCGUUUGGUCUGGGCUCUAGAACGUGCCUUGGCAAGCAUAUAUCGAUCCUCGAGAUGUCAAAACUAAUCCCACGCCUUCUUCGGGAAUUCGAGUUCACCCCUUUGAGAAACAACUGGACCACUCAAAACUUCUGGUUUGUGAAACCUAUGGAUUUCGAGGUUCAGGUAAAGCGACGGAACACGGAGCUUUUAGAAUGA